AUGUCGAGCUGCGGGGGGAACAGUAAUGCGCUUAUGGGAGCGCUUUUUAGUGGAGCAAGUGCGGCUGGGGGAGGUGCGGCUGGGGGAGGUGCGGCUGGGGGAGGUGCGGCUGGGGCAGGUGCGGCUGGGGCAGGUACGGCUCAGGGAGGUGCCACUGAGCUGGGGAACAGUAAUGCGCUUAUGGGGGCGUUUCUUAGUGGGCCAGGUGCGGCUGGGGUGGGUGGUGUUGAGCGACCAGAGGGAAUGGCAGGAGGGGAUGGGGAGGGAGGGCAGGAAGGAGAGAGACGCAGCAUGAGGGACGUGGGGGAUAGGCAGGGAAGCAAGGAGGGUUGCGGUGAGCAGGAAGUGGGGGGUGAGAAAGAGGUGGGAGAGAAGGAGGGGGGGUUCGUGCGUGUGGGUGGGCGUAUGGAGGAGGAUGAAGGCGAAGUGGGAGAGAAGGGUGGGGAUGGGCGUAUGGAGGAGGGGAGAGGAGAGGAGGGAGUGAUGGGUGGGGAUGAGCGUAUGGAGGAGAGAGGGGAAAAACGAGAGGAGGGAUGGGAAGAGGGCAGGAAUGUUAACAGGAAGGCAGGGGAGCGUAGUGGGGAGGAAAGAGAGGGAGCAGGGGGAGCAGAGGGAGAAGAAGGGGGAGAUGGGGGAGAAAGAGUGGAGGGUUCAAAUGGGGACGAAGGAGCAGAGGACGAGGAUAAGGAUAUGGAGACAGAAGAAGACAAAGACGUGCCGAACCCCGUGUGCCUGUGGUGUCUGGCGGAAGGCCAUUGGGCGGCGGAGUGUGCUGACCUGGCAAGAACCCGCGCGAAGCAUGCGACCAGUAGCAGGGAGACAGCUGGCAGGGAGACGUCAGGUACGGGCCGGGCCACCACGGGCACGGGCAGGGAGACCACAGGUACAGGAAGAGACACGACUGGCACGGGAGCUGGCACUGGGGCUGGUACGGGAGUUGGUACGGGAAUUGGUACGGGAGUUGGUACGGGAAUUGGUACGGGAGUUGGUACGGGAAUUGACUCAGGAGCAGCAGUAGGUACAGCAAGAGUAGGGAAGGAUGCAGGUGCAACAGUAGGAACAGCAAGUGAGGCAGCACCAGGAGAUGCAGCGGGUGUGUCAGCAGCUGUUAUGCACUGCAAACCGGCAAGCACAGGUGCUGCAGCAGCAGACCUGCAAAUGCGAGAGGCAGGCAGAAGCACCGAUGUGCCUGAGAAGAGGGAGGGAGAGGCCCUGGGCGCAUGGAGCGUUUCUGCUCUUUUCCCAGGCUGGCCUGCUCUUUUUGACCCGCAGAGAACGGAACAGGAAGGUGGCGGGUUGCCCCCUGCCUUGCUCGCUUCUAUAGAAUCGCUGCGCCUCUCCCGAAGGGAUAUUGUCAAGAUUCAAAGCCAUCCACGUGUCAGGGCACGAGUGGUUGGCUUCUUCCUCCGCCUCCGAUUGGGCAAGAAAGAGGAGGAUUUGGGCGGCACGGGUUACCGCAUGGCCAAAAUAACGGGUGUCGUUCGAAAGCAAGCUGUUGAAUCGGUACCUUCAUCUGCUGAUUCAGGCGGAAUGGCGCUCACUGUAGAUAUGGGUGACGGGGAAUACACUGUAGACGGCCAUUACGUCUCCAACAAACCAUUUCUUGAGGUUGAGGUUGUUGAGUGGUGUAAAAAGAUAUGGCAGAAAGCUCUAUCCUUCAUCACUUUGACUGGUCUGUCUUUUGUCGAAAUCGAGGAGGACACAGUCGAGAAAGCGAUCACGCGGCAGCUGAUGAGCGCGGACGAAGACGAUAAGGGCGGCAAGGGAUCGAGCAACGAUCUAGGCGUGCAUCUCGCGAGAGACGAGGAGGAAUUGCCGGAGCAGCUGAAGCAGCGGUCGCGGCAAGCCGACGGCGGAGAAGGCGGGGAAUCGGGGGAAGCGGGGGGGGCGGGAGGAGGGGAGGGGGAGGAGGAGUCCGGCGGGGAUUCCGGCGAUCAAAGCGACUCGCUGCAUGUGCACGUGCAUCUGAUCGCGUCGUGCGAUGUGGAGUCGGUGGAAGAGAGUUUGGACAUGCUGCAGAGUAAAGUGCUGUGGGACGAGCACUACGUGCCGCUCACCGUCCUGCUGGACUGCCACGAUCCCAAAUAUGAAUCAGCCAUAAUGCUCGCAACUCGCCGCGUGCAGUGGCGCUUUGGUCCCUACACCGUGCGAUCCAAUGCUCCCACCAUCGAAACAGCCGCUGCCAGAACCGCUGCUGCUGCCGGGCUGAGGGGCGGGAAGGGCGCUGCUGCUGGUGGUAAUGCUGGCAGUGCUGCUGGCGGUGGUGGUGACGGGGAGGAGAGUGACUGGGCUGUUGUGUUUCCUAGAGACAAAGUGAAAGCAGCUAUCUUUCAGAGGAGGAGGCUGCUCGGGUGUAACGAUACUGCACAAGGGGGAAUUAUCAAGUGUGACAGCGGGUUUGGGGAAAGGGAGCCUGCGGCUGGAUGGUUCGGGUUUAACAAAUUCGGGUAUGGGUUUAACGAAACGGGGGACGGGGGAGAGGGGUUAUGGGCGCCUGAGGAGGUUGCACAGGGCAGGGGAGAUGCUCUUUUUGAGGUGUCUCAAAAAUCGCCUGAGGAGGUUGCUCAGGGCAGGCGAGAUACUCUUUUGGAAGGGGACGGGGGUUUGGGUUUGGGUUCGGGUGUGGAUGCAGGUUUGGGCGUGGGAAGGCACUUGCUGGGUAAAGCAGCUGUUGUGGCAAAGAAAGGGGCGGCGGUUCAGGGUAAAGGAGCUGCGGUGAAGGGCGGGCAGGGGCAGGGCAAGGGUAAGGUUGCAGCAGCAAAGGGCGGGGCAGUAGCCAAGGCUGGUUCAGCUGCAGGCGCUGCAGCUGGUUCUAAACCAGGAGGUAAAACCGAGAAUGCUGCUGCUGCUGCUGCUGCUGCAGGCGCUAAAGGGGGAGCAGGAGGCAAGGCAGGCAGCAGCAGCAGUAAACCAGCUGUUGCUGGUGCCAAGCCGGCCAAAACAGCUGCUGCUGCUAAAACCACCGGCGCUACAGCUGUUCCCACUGCUGCUACAGCCGGCGCUGCACAGGGCGGCAGCAGCGAGGCGGCAGCACUAACCUUUCUGGACGCGUGGCGGCCGAAAUCAGCCCUGGGAAUCGCGUUUUACCUGCGGGACUCGGCGCGCGUGUCACCCUUCUUCUACCGCUUCCUGGUGGACUCUGUUGAGAUGCUGGCGGGGGCCGCUCCUCCCAGUGAUGAUGGCAGCGACAGCGUCAGCGACCUCUACUCCUCCCCACCCUUCUCCACUCUCUUUGGGAUCAGCAUUCUGGACCCCGGCACAGCUCCAGUGCCCCAGCAACCCCCUCCCGCGUGGCACCUGCACCAGUCUCUCACAGUCGACUGCCAGUUCGUCUUCCCAACCCCCUGGGAGGAAAUUCUCCUAUGGCGCCGCUCCUUCCCCAACACCUCCUUCACCCUCUCCUCCUCCGUUUCCCACCUCAAGGACGCCGCAUUUGCCAUCUCAGCUGUAGCAGCAAGCCGUGAAGGUUCGGUGAAUCUUCAGGGGAAGUUUCAGGGGCGGAGGAGGGCGGAUCUGGGGACGGAUUAUUUCACCAAGACGUGCCAGGCGGAUCCGGUGCAGCAAAUACACUCGUUACUCGAUAGCCAUGGGCGGUUUAAUUUACUCGCGCCGGACAUUAACGGGAGCAGCAUGUGCGUGUCGCUAGCACCAAUCAGGAAGCAGGAGGAGCGGGCGAAGGGGUUAGUAGCAGCCGCAGCUAAAGCGAAACGGAAACUGAACCCUAAAGAGGCUGCAGAGGUAGCAAAGGCGAAGAAAGCCAAGGAAGUGUUACUGUCUAGGCUUUUUGACGAUCCUCAGUAUGCGCUUGGGAAGGAGAGCCCCCGGGUGGGGACAAGGGCAGAAGAGGACGGUUUGAUGAUUGACUGGAGGGCGGGCAGGCAUGGGAACAGGCUGCUGAUGAGUGCUGGUGGCAGCGGUGGAGAUGGGUUCGGAGGGGUUGGAGGGGGUGGGGAAGGGGGAGGAGGGGAGGGCGGGAGGAGGAAGGCCAAGUGGGGGUUCAGGCUGGUGGCGGCCGCUAAGGCGAUGAAACGGGCGGCGAGGCGGGUGGCGACUGCGUCUGGUCUGAGACGCACCCCCAACAUCACUGUGCCCUUCUCCAUGGAAUACGGGGGGAUUGGGUAUAAGCAGCUGCUGCUUAAGCGCACGCGAUUGGUGGGCUCGAUUCUCAAGAUGGGGUACAACGUGCUGCUUGCUGACGUGGACGCCGUCUGGCUCUCCGAUCCGUUCGUCCACAUGGGCAACAAAUCCGUGGAUAUCUACGGGCAGCUCGAGCCUUCAGGUCAGCUGUGUGGGGGAUUCCUCUUCCUGCGCUCCACGCCACGUGUGGUAACCCUAUGGGACCAGGUUACAGGGCUCUACACGCGCACGUUCAACCGCAUGGCGAAGGAAGCACUGUACAAGAAGCCCGAGGAGAUGGGGGCGUGGCUCAAGCAAUUCGAGCACCUGCACGAGCAGCGGUAUCUAAAUCAGCUCCUGGGGAAGCGGAGGAACAAGGUGCAGGUGCGAGGACUGGACGUGCUCAAGUUCCCCAACGGCAAGGAGUUUUUCGUGCAGCGUGCACCACAGCAAGCAGAGGUGGCGCCCGUUGUGAUUCACAACAAUUACAUCAAGGGGAAAAAGCAAGCAGAGGUGGCGCCCGUGGUGAUUCACAACAACUAUAUCAAGGGGGGAAAGGAGUGUGAUCAUUGUGGGUGGGCACCACAGCAAGCAGAGAUGGCGCCCGUGGUGAUUCGCAACAACUACAUCGAGAAGAAGGUGUGUGUGACUGUGGGCCAUGCUGUGGCUGUGGGCUGUGGGACAUGUGACUGUCGUGAUGGUACCAUGGUCUAG